AUUUUAGAAAAACUCCAAAAUCCAGGAAGAGCUAAAUCAUCACAGACAUUUUGAAAAAUAAAACUUUUAGAAUCACAAAAUUUGCCCUGUUCUCGUGUUCCUGUUUCCUUGAGAACCUACUGAAGUCCCUCUUUCUGAAAUUUUAUUCCAUACAUGAUUGACGACAAGUAUCCUUCUCAGGUCAGGGUUUCAAUUUUUCCCAUCUCUUCAAUUAUUCUUUAACUUUGUUCCAUGGCAAUAAAGCUUCCGUCUUCGGCAUGUCCUACUCGAUUCCUCAGAUGGGUUUAUUUCUCUUCAAGCUGUAUUGCAGAUAUUUCAGAAACCCCUGAGAUUGUUAAACUCAAGGAUUCAUCUGAAUUUGAACAAGAUCUCAACUUUUUGAGAAAUAAGCUAGCCCCUGACAACUUAAUCCGGAUCUUGGACCGUACAAAUGAUUUGAACUCAGCGGUUAGGAUAUUCAAAUGGGCUUCAAGGCAAAAGAGUUUUCAUCACACUUCGAACACAUAUUAUAGGAUAAUUUUGAAACUGGGUAUGGCUGGGAAAGUUGUGGAAAUGAAGGAUUUUUGUGAAAACAUGGCCAAGGAUAGGUGCCCUGGUACUGAAGAGGCCCUUGUGACAUUGGUUCACACAUUUGUGGAGCAUUGUAGGAUUGGAGAAGCUAUUACAGUCUUAGUGAACAUGAAUUUGGGUGGGUAUAGACUGCCCAUUGGAGCUUUUAAUGCUUUAUUGGGUGCUCUUGUGAGUGGAAAGGAUACAGAAUUUCAAAAGGCGUUGUUUGUUUAUAAAGAGAUGGUGAAGGCAUGUGUGUUACCCACAGUUGAAACUUUGAAUUGUUUGAUGAAGGCAUUGUCUGCCACCAAUCAGAUUGACUUAGCUUUGGAUCAAUUUAGGAGAAUGAAAAAUAAAGGGUGCAAUCCAAAUAGGAAGACUUUUGAGAUUCUUGUGAAGGCUCUCAUUGAGAAUGGUCGAGUGGAUGAAGCCGCUAUUAUUUUAGAACAAAUGUUCAAAGUUCAAUGUCAACCAGAUUUGAGUUUUCAUACCUGCAUAAUACCUCUGUUUUGCAGGGAAAAUAAAAUAGAGGAGGCUGUGAAGUUGUUUAAAAUAAUGAAAGAUUCUGAUUUUGAGCCAGAUUCUUUCAUUUAUGAGGUUCUAGUAAGGUGUUUUUGCAACAACUUGCAGUUGGAUUCUGCUGUUGCCCUCAUAAAUGAGAUGAUGGAAAGUGGUAUGCCACCAAAGCAUUAUGUUCUUGUUGAUAUAAUGAAUUGCUUCUGUGAAUUAGGGAAAAUUAAGGAGGCUAUAGUGUUUUUAGAAAGUAGACAAGUUCAUGAAACUGCUCCUUUCAAUACAUUGCUUGAAGGUUGCUGUAAUGCUGGUGAAAUUCUGGCAGCAAAUGUUCUGCUGGAGACAAUGUCUGAGAGACACAUUGCAGAUUGUCAAUCUUGGAACAUUCUCAUUAGAUGGUUUUGUGAGAAUGAAGACAUCAAGAAGGCACAUAUACUUCUUGGCAGGAUGAUCAAAUCAUUUGUUAUUCUUGACUGUGCAACGUAUUCUGCUCUUGUAGUUGGCAACUGUAGAUUGGGCAAGUAUGAAGAAGCAAUGAAACUAUUUCAUCAAAUUUGCGCCAGAUGCUGGAUUUUAGAUUUUGCCUCAUAUUCUGAACUAGUUGGUGGUCUCUGCGACAUCAAACAUUCUGAAGAUGCCAUUGAAGUGUUUCACUAUAUGUCAAUGAAGAGAUGCUCUCUUCACUCCUUGGCCUUCUACAAAUUGAUAAAAUGUGUAUGUGACUCUGGACAGGUCAAAGAAGCCAUAAGACUAUGGCAAUUAGCUUGCUUUUGUGCUAUUUCUUGCUGUAUUGCCACACACACUGCUAUCAUGCAGUUGUUGUUAAGAUCAAGGAGGGCAGAAGAUAUGUUAGCAUUCCUCUCACAAAUGUUGAUGGUGGGCAGUAAUCUUGACCUGGAAGCAUAUUGUAUUCUUAUUCAAAGUAUGAGUAAACAAAACAAAAUAAAGGAAUGUGUUUUAUUUUUCAAUACAAUGAUCAAUGAAGGUCUAAUACCUGAUCCAGACCAACUAUUUGAUCAACUGUCAUUCAUGGCCAAUCAUUCUCAGUUAUCUAUGAUUUCUAGUGCAAUUGAUAGAAUUUCAUGUGGUGACAUUUUGAAUUCAGCAAUGUAUGGCUUACUGAUAACUGGCCUGUUGAAAGAGGGUAGGGAACACGAGGCCCGUCGGUUACUGGACUCAAUGUUAGAAAAAGGUUGGGUUCCUGAUGCAACCACUCAUAAUCUAUUGAUUGGAUCUGAUGUUAGAAAAGGAAUGACUCAAGCAAUGUUCUUUGACGAUUCUGCCUCACUAGAUUCUGUUAGCAAUAUUCUUGCAGAAGGCCUCGGGGAUACAUGAUACUUCAGCAUUGUGUAAAAAGAAUCUUAAUCCUGGUCAAUUUCAACAGUUCAGACCACAAACUUUUGCACCACAGCAGCUAGUGAAAAGAGACAUCCAUAGAAGCUACCGUUCAAGACUUGAAGACACAGAUUGGUCAGCUAGCUACUGCUGUGAGUGAGUUGGUGCAGCAAAAAUAUGGACCAAUUCCUGCUCAGCCAGUGAGAAAUCCAAGGAUAUGACAGAACCAGCAGUGGAAGACUAGUGCACUUCAGCUUCAGAGUUUUCAUUCCGAUUGCUCCCCUUGCACAUUGAGGACAAUGUGUGAUUUAAGUUUGGGGGGAAUGGUUUCUUUUUUGCACAUUGACCUGCUGCCAAAGGUCACUUAAGAGUGGGAGCUGGAAAAGACAGCAGUAACCUACACCUGCCUGGAAAAGCUGAAAAUGGAACCUGGACAAGACUGUCAACGUCACUUAAGAGCUGAUUGGUUGGGAGCUGAACCUGUCAAGUGAAGAAGGGCUGUACCUGGACGUGUAACCUGUCUGACCAGUGAGGGCUACUUGCUGCAGCCAGUUGGAAGUGUAGUGGGCAGAUUACCUUCAACUAAAGCAACCUAGUUGAGUUUGUAUUAAAGUAGAAAUGAAUUGCUUUAUUCAAACAUGAAAACUAAAAUAUAAGAUAUUUCAAUUACUCUAUUCAAACAAGAGAAAUUAAAGGAACUUGGAAAUAAUUCAAAUACUAUGGAUUUUAAUUUCUUGGAAUUGAUGAAAUCUCUCAUCCAAAUACAAG